AUGGCAGAUGAGGUCCAGCUGGAGUUACAAUCGUCGGUCGAUAGCUUCUUCCGCCGCUCCAAUCUGACAUCCAAGCACCAAGCCGAAUGCUACGACUUGCUCGCAGAGCUCUACCCAGGCAAGCCCGUAUCACCCGCGCCAUGUCAAGGCUACUGUUCGUUGACAAUUAUGCUUGGCGACGAUGCUGUCCUGCAAUUUCGUCCUUGCAAGUAUCGAUUUGAUCUGCGAAUGACGUCGGCGGCAAGAGAAGUUUAUGGCACUUGCGCUCCGGAAACCAAAUAUAUCACUACGCUUCAGUCGGGGUUGCUCGUUUACAGCAUGGAGAGAAUCAAGGGCGUGUCGCUGAUGCACAUGAGAGCGAGUAAGGCCAUGCCGGACGACUCGAACCGUUACCGAGCGAGGUUGUGUAGAGACUUCGCAGCAUUUCUGACCAAAUCCUGGAGUCGAAACGCUUUGGCAAAGACUGCACUUGGAACAGUAGGGAGAAGCAUACGAGCACGUAUGCGAAUGCUUGCCGCGAAAUUGCCCCGCCGAUUCCGUCCCACAGCCCGAAGAGUAUUCGAGAAUUUGCAUCACGUUGAAGCACUCCCGUGGGUUAUCACGCACGGUGAUAUUGUGGCUGCAAAUAUCAUGGUCGAUCCCUCAUCAGGACGGUUGACUGGCCUCGUGGACUGGGCUGAAGCUGAGACGCUUCCAUUUGGGAUCUGUCUUUACGGUCUCGAAGAGAUGCUAGGAGAGAUGACACCUACGGGCUUUCGCUUUUGCCGAGACGCCGAGUACUUAAGAACAGUAUUCUGGGACGAGCUCAAGAGGAGCAUUCCCGAGUUGGGUCACAACCAUGUCCUAGAGGCUGUAAAGCUCGCCAGAGACUUGGGUGUUCUGCUUUGGCACGGAAUUGCGUUCGAUGAUGGUGCCAUUGACCGAGUGGUACAACAAGGCCGAGAUAUUGAAGAGAUUCACAGACUUGAUGCUUUCUUGAAUAUUUCUGUAUUGCCGGCGACUGGCACCGCUUCUAAGCUCUGA